GGGUCCGACAGUCAAAUAGCACCGGAAGCACACCACUGGUUGUAAUCAGGCGGCUCUAUCCUUGUUAUAAAAAUAAAACACAAAUUUGGGAGUUAUAAAAAAAAGCAUAUGUAUAGCGUUUAAAUUUCUUAUUUAAGAUACCGUGUUCUUUAAUUUCGGUGGGUAAUUGACGGAAAGAGUAUAACUUCUUCAGGCAAGGAAUCAAAUUGUAAACGUUACACGUAAGAAUUUUCCUGACGGACAAGAUGGACGGUAAAUGAGUAAAAAUCUAGUCAAACAUACAUAUUAGAAAAAACAAAAUAAAAUAAAAAACAGAACCAUAUUGUUGCUUAGUAAGUAAACUUGUGAUAACAUGUUUUAAAAUUUGCUGUUAUACACUAUCGAUUCUGAACUGUGAAGGCUUAUUUUAAGAAGCAUGGCACUAUCGACAAAUAGUACGUGUUGUAUUGAUGUUAAACAAACUGAAAUAGUGGAAUCCAAUGAAAGAAUUGUUCCAUGCAUCCCGGGUCAGACGAAGACCGCUAUUGCUGGAGAUUUAACCCAAGAGGAGCUAGACAGACUGAACAACGAGAAGACUCUGGUGUCCGACUUCAAACAGAUGAAGUUGGAAAAAGAAGCUCAGAAAAACUGGGACUUGUUUUAUAAAAGAAACACGACGAAUUUCUUCAAGGACAGGCACUGGACCACGAGAGAAUUUGAGGAGCUCAAAGCAUGCCGAGAGUUUGAGUCCCAAAAGUUGGUGCUGCUGGAGGCUGGCUGCGGAGUGGGAAACUGCAUCUUUCCCCUGCUGGAAGAUGAUCUCAACAUCUUUGUUUAUGCAUGUGACUUCUCGCCUCGAGCUGUUGAAUUUGUUAAACAAAACCCCCUUUAUUGCCCUGAACGUUGCUGUGCCUUCCAGUGUGAUUUAACCAAAGAUAAUCUGAUGGAAAAUGUGCCAAAGGGCAGCGUGGAUGUUAUCACACUCAUUUUUGUCCUGUCAGCCAUCCAUCCUGACAAGAUGAAGCUGGCUUUGAAGAACAUCAUUAAGGUGCUGAAGCCUGGAGGCAUCGUCCUUUUCAGGGACUAUGGUCUGCAUGAUCACGCCAUGCUCCGGUUUAAAUCUGGCAGCAAGCUGGGAGACAACUUCUAUGUUCGGCAGGAUGGAACACGCUCCUACUUCUUCUCAAAAGAGUUCUUGGCUAAGCUUUUUGAGGACGCAGGCUUCCAGUCUGUUGCCAACGACUACGUCCUGAGAGAGACGGUCAACAAGAAGGAAGGGCUUUGUGUUCCACGAGUGUUUCUACAGAGCAAGUUCAUCAAGCCACAGGAGCCACAAACCUCCUGAUGUCACUUCAGACAAAUCUCCAAAGUUGUGAACAAAGAUUUUUACAAAAACAAAAAGAAAGUUAAAAAAGAUCAGAAGUGGACUUAUGGUUUCUGCUUUUCUAAGUUUGAUUAGCAGGUGGUGCCAAUCUGAAAAAAUUAUUUUUGACCUAUUUGACCUCUAUUAAUCUUUAAACAACAUUUGGUAAACAGGUGUUUUAACUUUUGCACAGCAAAGAUUUUAUGAUUUACUGUCUUAUUUUCACCUAAUUAUUCUUUGGAAUAAAUAUGAAACAGUUUUAUGUCAUUCCACAGUUUGAUUGUGGUCCAGAUUUUCUACGUAUUUCUUAUUCCAUCAUUAAAUGCAUCCUGGCAUUUUGGAAUAAAUGGACAGUUGACUUCUUUUCAUUUGUUUUUUUUUUACGUUGUUUACAAUAUAAAAAGUAACACAGAAACUAGUUAUAAUAAUAGUAAUAAUUUUCUUGUUGGCAUUACUCAAGUUGAACAGAAGAGUGCACUGAUUUCAUACUUAUUGUUGAGAGCAGCUAAAAUGUGGCUUUCAGCUCAGACUGAAGGUUUGUAAGAGAUUUAAUUCCACUCAGCAAAAAAAAAAAAAGUAGAUUGACUUGAAUUAAAGUUAUUACAUUGCAUUUCCUAUGCAAGUCCUAUGAAACUCAGUUUAGACAUUUCAUCUGUUCCAUCUUGACUUUGCAGACUCAUCUCUGAUCAGGCUCAAAUCAACUCAACAUUGUCCAAAGACCGAGUUGCAGUUUAUUUGCACUCAGUUUAAAGCAGUUUGAAAGUCCUGAACAAUGAUGCAGAGCAGAGUGUAAAGUGUGGUAUCCCCUUUCAGACAGACUGUAACAUCAAACAUGACUUUAAAACAGGUCACAGUAAUCGAUGCACUGUUUCCUUUCCUGUGGUUUGGCUUGCACAUGCUCCACGACCAUAAGCAAAGCAAAGCUAUCUGGAUGCUCACGUGUAGUCACGUCUGCAUGUCUCUUUGUGAUGGAUAUUGAAGCAUUAUAAUUAUCAAUGCAUGUUUGUUGUAUGAAAUCAAAACAGUCCAAAUAAAUGACCAAUUAUUCUGUCUUUA